UGUUUUGAUACUUGUUUUGCUAGUACAGAAACUAUAAUUCUGGAUUUCUUAGGAGGGAUAGCUGGAUUUUAAUACCUUAAAAAAGUUAUUUUCUUUUCAUAGAAUGCUUUGGAUACAUGAAAAUAUUGUAUAUAAACUGAGUUUACUGAAUAAAUAUUUUGUUAUUCAUUCUUAACACAAAACAGACUAGCCAUUAUUUACCGUCAUAACCGCCCUUCUAAAUAUUCACAAAUGCCAACAGGAUACUUUAAAUAAAUAAGUAUUACGUAGUAUUACCACCUUGUCCAAAACACCCUACAGUAAAUCAAUUUUCCUGCUCCAUCUCAAUCUCCAUUGUCAAGUGCGAAUAUGUUUUUCUGCUCCAAUACUAUAGGUGGCAGUAUCUCAUGUAAAUCCAUUAUUACAACCCCAACACCCUAAAAAGGAAGUAAAUGAUAACCGACAGUGCUAGAGUAGCCUCGUAAGGAAAAUAAACUACUACCAAGAGUUACCGUAGCGAAAAAAGCUGGUAUUUUAGACACCUACCGACACUAAAGAUUUUCGUCAUCUAUCUUAAGAUGUUUAACAGACAAACAAGUCUAUGGAUGGGUGAUUUGGACCCGUACAUGGACGAGAACUUCGUCAAACAGGCCUUUGGUGCGAUGGGAGAAUCACCGUGUGGAGUCAAAAUAAUCACACACAAGAUAACAGGUGGUUCUGCGGGAUACUGCUUUGUGGAGCUGGCUAAUGAAGAAAGCGUUGAGCGUUGUGUUCAAAACCUCAAUGGAAAACCGGUUCCUGGAUCAAACCCGCCACGGAAGUUUAAGAUAAACUUUGCCACCUACGGAAAAAUACCCGAGCCACGGCCGGAGUUCUCAGUGUUUGUGGGUGACUUGCCCACUGAGGUGACUGACAGCCAACUCCACGAAGUCUUUAAGAGCUUUCCCUCCUGCAAGGGAGCCAAAGUAGUCACUGACCAUCAGGGCUACUCCAGAGGAUUCGGCUUUGUCAAGUUUGGGGAUGAAAGUGAGCAGAAGAAGGCAAUCGAGGAAUGCCAGGGCACAGUGCUCGCGGGAAAGGCACUGCGACUCAGUUUGGCUGUUGCAAAGGCCCAGAAGACCACCACUUGGGUGGGCCAAAGUCAGAAUUACCAGAGCAACUACAACCAACCGCCACCCAAUUAUUAUGGGAAUCCCAAUGGUGGAGGUCAAGGUUACUACCCUCAGUGGGGGAGCUACGAUCAAUAUAGCGGCUACAAUAGCGGAUACAACAGUGGUUACAAUAGCGGAUAUAAUGGUGCAUACAAUAGUGGAUACAACAGUGGCUACAACAGUGGCUACAACUACAACUAUGGCCCCUACGGAUACCCCCCACCCAACCAUAUGGUGCCGCCACCUCCCGUGGGUUUUCCUCCACCAUCUUUUGAUGUAACAGCAGAUGUGCAGGGCCAAGAAGAGAAUGGUGAUGGUGAGGAUAAUUCAGAAGUGCCAUUCCAAGAAUGUGAUGUGGACCAGUGGAACACAGAUUUUGUGCAGCGCAGUGAGGAACUUUAUGAUGCCUUAAUGGACUGUCACUGGGAACCACUGGACUCUUUUGACUCGACAAUACCAUUACUUUUCGAUAAAGUCAACUAGUCGAUGAUUCUGUCUACAAACUUGACUCAAAAUCUGUCCUCGUAGCUGUUCAUGAUCCCCAUUUCUGCCUGGUCUAAUAACCUUUACCCUACUUACGGCUAUGAAGGUUCAUCAUCACAUUGUGCAAGUAUACAUUGAUUUUACUGUUUACCAUGUUGGUAAAAUUCAGAGUCCCACAAUAAGGAGUGACUUUACCUCAUACCAUUUUUGUGUGUGUAAGUCGAUUGGGCACUGAGUGCUGAGGUCACCUUGUCUGAUGUUCACAUUCGUUGUAGAUGUAGACACCUUCGCACAUCUGAUGUUGUAUUGAUUUGUGCUGACGUGUUCAUCACGGAUCAAUGUAAAAUUGAUGUUCACUCCAGGAUGGUGCUUACCUGGUUUGUAUAUUACACACACAGUAUGAUUAUUCUUUCUUGAUUUUAACUUUUCAUGAAGGAAUCCUGAGGUAACCCUAAAUGAGAUAAUCAUUAACUAAUUGCCUGACAUUGGCGGCAAUAGACACCCAAUUCAUUUGAACUGAGAAGGUUUCGGAGGUUGACGGCAGCCAAUAAGUUAAAUUUGGGGGAAAUUUGUAUAGAUGAUGUAAUAUUAAAGUAACUAAAAAUGGUUGUUGUGUGGAGGCAACAGCCUUUGGUGCACCAAAUUCUUGGGGAUGCCGUUAUUUUCUGCGUCCUUGAUAAGUCCCGGCUAAGUUAGGCUACAAUGUCACAACUGCAUCUAUCUGUUUAUUGGGAUGUUUUUUGUAAAACUGUGUAUAGAUAUAUCUUUUCUGAACUGUUUGAUCAAUAAAAACACUUUUAAAAAAGUUGUAAUGCUGGGUCAUAUAGGGUAGGGGAGGCUGGGGUAAUCUUUUCCGUACGUGUUGCAUGGGCAGCGUGCACAUCAGGAAAGGCACUCAAUGUAGAAAAGUGUGUUAAAGUUCUACGACAUGUAUGAUUUGCUGUUACAUUUUUGCUUUCACACAGUUGCAAGAAAUCACUGUGCAUGACCAAAACAAGACCAAGAAUUUUAGGAGACUCAAGACAGCAGACUGAAGAAAAAUUAUUUUCUGCUUAUGUAUUUUCAUUUGAGAAUCGUCUUUAUUGGUUACUGACUGUGUGUUGGAUACACACAAUUCAUUUUUCAAUUUCAACCAACACAAGGUACAUAAAAAGUUGUGACACAUGCAGCAGGAGAAUGGUCAGACCCACAAUUCCAAAAUGGAAAAAUAGAGGGUUUAUAAAGAGAGGAUGAGGCUGCUCCCAUACAAAGUAAGCGCUGUGAUGGAGGCGGUCAUAGUAUGUAAUUUGCAAAACACGCAUCAGCGCAAAGCAAAAGGAUAAAUUUAUAGCAAAACCUGCCAUACAGCACUUCGAAUGAGGGGGAGGGGACACUGAGUGUGUGCUAUGUGUGACCAUGUGUAUUUGUAAAUGUGUCCUUCAUAGGCCAACUAUUCUCACUGCUGUCUGAUGGUGGCCUUGAGCAGACGUAGCCGGAACAAAAUUACACCGAUAGGCGACGGUCAUGGAUUUAGAGACUUUUCGGUUUCAUGAAAAAAAGUUUUGACCAAGUGUGUACACAGUUGGAAGGGUGGGCAAGAAUACAUGCAUCUGAGGAUUCUUGUCAUUUUAACUUCCAGGAGAGUGGAGCAAUGUCAGACUUUCAAGUCUGGUGCUACGAAAAUAACAAUUGUUUUGGGUCAGGCACACUGUAAUGUCUGUCUCUGUGGCCCCUCAGGCAUCAUUUAUUCAAAUCCUUUGGUCCAAAUCUGCAGAGCUGAGCUGAGUACUUCUUCAAGUUGGUAUCCAUUUUGUGAAGGAGUUCAUGAAUUGCACCCACCUUGCAAAUAAGCUGGCAUGUAGAUUGAGUUUGAGUGUUGAAAAUCUUGCACAUUCCCUUAGUCAUAACAGGCAACGUCACGAUUGCCACAAGUUCUGCCAGCGCCUUUUAAACUUUGUGAAGAAUUAAGGAACUGCUGAUUCCAAUAAGUAGUAUACCCGUUGUGAAGUUUCCAAUUACUGUAUUAAACAGGUGGGCGUCUUCAGUGGUGAAUGAAG